UUAACUAUUAUGGAUCCCACCACUGUCCAGCCGGACCACUAGCAGCACCCUUCAAACAAACUACCAACACCCUUCAAGAUCAUUACCAAUUCUCGCUUGGGCUACAAUCCGCGCUCAGACAACACACCCUUCCCAGGAUUCACAAGACCUCGCGACUGUACCCGAAUCAAACAACACUCUCUAACCUGCAACUCAUUCAGCCUUCCUUCCUUCCUUCAGGCCCUUCAACGCCUUAUCCACCAGCCAAUAUGCCCUCGAACAAUUCAUCCAAUCUUCCGACACUCAGGAGAUCCGGCUCGAACGCCUCGGUAUCCGUUCCAGCCGACUCACGCACCACCCGAUCAUCCACUCUGAACAACAGCCACUCAUCCGAAACUGCUCAACAUCCUAUUAAUACUCGAUCUCGAUUCGGAUUCCCAUCUUCGACCUCCAACCAUCCGAACAAUCAGCCCAAUAUACCUAAUGGGGCCCCUGAAAAUACCAACCAAACCACUCAACCUCAACUUCGCAAGUCCACUCGAACCUCAUCCAAUUCGGCUUCCCAAAUCGCCCGGCCCGGCUCCGCUCUCGGACGACCUGCUACUGCUCUGGGUACCCACUCUACAGCAUCCAUUCAGACCAACAGUCGGCUCCCACAAUCCACUAACAUCCCUGCCCCCAACCGCAAGCGCCGCACCUCAUCAGUCUCCUCUCAACGACCUGCACCCUUUGGUCACACCCCAGCUUCCAAUACCACGCGCCCCUCUGAUAUUCCAACUUCCAAUGAGCUUCAAAAACAACUGGCCGAUGCACUAGAUAAGCUCAAUGGUACCCAACAAGAAUGCAGUCAAUGGAAAUCGCGCGCCGAAGAGGCUGAAUUACGAAUCGAACAAUCCCAAAAGGAUCAAUACGAGGAACGCAUCAGCUUCUGUGAAGAAAUCAAGCAGCUCGAAGAAAAACACGAUGAAACGGUCCGACAGGUCAAGGAACACUUAGGCGCCCAACUCAGUCGCUCCCAGGAGGAAAUCGGAAGCUUGCGGGCUUCCGGCGCCAAAUGCCAAGAAGAAUUAGUCAAGGCUACCGCUCAGAUCGACCAGCUGAAUUCUGAAAUCGAGCAGAUGGACGUCGACUCCGGCCGAAGUGCUGCUCAGGUGAUGGAACUGACGCGUCUCAAAACCGAGCUAGAAACCAAACUUCAAGCCUCUCAAUCAGAUUUGGAACAGACUGUCAGAGAGAACCAAAUCAGAGUCGAUCAAGUCACUCAACAUUAUCACAACAUCCAGUCCAAACUUCAUCAAGAUCUCGAACAAAUGACGGCCGAUUAUCAAGCCUCCUUGCAACAACAAGCGCGCUCCCCCUCUUCCUCCGAAGCUCUCAACCAGUCAAAAUCUAAGAUCCUUCUCUUGGAACAAAAAAUCAAGGCCCAAGAAAUCGAAUUCUGUAAGGCAAAAGCCGAGCUCGAUAGGUUACUUAACUCGACCGCCCAGCAUGAUGAGGAAAAACGUGAAUGGGACAUCGUCCGUGAUAAAUUGGAACAACAGCUGCAAGAGUUAGAUCGCCAACAGCAAAUGUCAAACCGUGACCAUCCUGACAAUCACAAAAACACGUCCGUCAAGGUCGAGAACGAUUCUUCGAUUUACGAGAACCAAUUAAUCGAUUUCACUAUGAUGAUCGGUGAUAGUAAAUGCGACAUUCUGCCGCCCAAGUUGAAUGAACCAUCCGCAAACAAACCCAAUCAACCGGAUCACUCCAGUGACUCUUCAUUUUAUGGUUUGGUGGAUCAAGCUAAGGAGUCUUCCACACUUGGAUUAAGCUUCCUUCUCGAGAACAAUCCUCAUUCGGAGACCGGCCAAUCAGCUGGGGCGAUGAACACAGUCAAUGCAAUGAGUUCUGCUGGCCAAGAAUCGGAUGCUCACUCUGCUAGCUCAGAGGAGACGAUGGUCAACGCUGUUCCUCGUGAGGUCCACGAACGUGCUCUGCUCGAUUUGAAAAACGCCGAAGCCGAGCUCGAACACCUCAAGGCAGAGUUGAACUCAGUCAACGAGACGAUUGCCAAUCUACAGAAGAGUGUCUCUGACACAGAGAAGGACCAAGCGAGCGCACGAACGGCUUCGCAGAACGAAUUCGAGUCCAUCCGAAGCGACUUGGAAGCCCAACUAACCCGCGCUCAACACACGAUCGAUCACUUGAAAUCCAGCACCGUCCCGCGCGAGAACCAUGACCAAACACUCGAUGAUUUGAAAACGCUCGAGUUAGAACUCUCCAACCUCAAAGCCGAGUUGCUCUCGUCUCAAGCAACUUCUCAGGAAUCUGUCAACAAUCUCACGUCCUCUCAGCACAUCAUUCAGAUGCUGGAGCUCAGUCUUAGUACGUUGAAGAAAGAUUCGGCUGAAGAGAUUGAUCGACUGUCCCAAGUCCACGCACAUGAAAUCGCAACAUCCGUAGCACAAAUCAAGCGGUUACAGGCAGACCUAGACCAAGUAAAUACCCUUCACGCUCAAACGUUGUCGAAGUUGAACGAAUUGGCAGCUUUCAACCCGCACCAAAUCUCCGUGCUGACCGCGCGUCUUCGAGAGGAACGCGAUGAAAGCCGACGAGCCAUCGAAUUCAUGCAAGUAGAACGCCAAGCCCUCGAAGAUACUAGUCGCGACAUCAUCUCCAAGCUCCGACUCGAGCAACAGGAAGCCUUAAGAGAGACUACUGCCGAACGUAACACAUUGGUCGUCACUAUUUUAAGCUUGCAACAGGCGUUGAAAGCCUGGAAACACAUGGCUUCGCCUGCCAAGAUCGCUGAAACUAGCGCAGUUCAUGGCUCACCCAAGGCUGAAGAAGCUGCCAGCUUCAAUGCUGAUACUCACAUGAGUUCCAACAUCAGUCUAGCCUCCCAUCUCCGAGGAGACUUAGGAUAUGAUUUUGAUCAGAAAGCUGAGAGUGGGCUUCUUCAAGAUGAUCAUGGGAAUGAGGUUGUUGAGCCACAAGCCUACGAAAUCGCGCUCGACCAAAUCAGCUCGUUGAGCAAACAAGUCGACGAGUUAAAGGAACAACUCUUACAGACUUAUGUGGCCCAUCAAGAGCAGGAGAAGCUCGCAUUACUUGACAUCGAGAACCUACGUGCCGAGUUGAGCGCAUCCAAGGAGCUGCAUUCGCAAGUCGAACAAGAACAAACCCGGACGAUCUCCUCCCUCGAACUUCAAUAUUCUGGCAUCCAACAUCAGUUCCAUAGUUUAGAAGUAUCCUACAACUCUCUCCGAAAACAAAACGAGGACUUGACUCGCCAGAUCGAUCAAGACACUGAGAAAUCCGAGCAGUUGGAGGCUACCAGAGAUACCAUGCAAGUUGUCACUGAUCAGCUACGCUCUCAGAUCGAGUCGAUGGACGCUCAAAUCGGAACUUAUAAGCAACAGAUCGUCCAGCUUCAAGAACAGAACUCGCUUGCUAAUGAAGACUCGGCUGCGAACUCUGAGAAACAUACUGCAUUGCAGGCGACUACCGAUGGUCUGCGUUCUCAAAUUCAGUCGAUGGACGAUGAAAUACGGACCUAUAAGCAACAGGUCCUUGAGCUUCAAGAUCAGCACUCGCUUGCUAAUGACGACUUAGCUACGACGGCUGAGAAGCAAACUUCAUUGCAAGCUACUGCUGAUGGUCUGCGCUCUCAAAUCGAGUCGAUGAACGAUGAAAUCCAAACCUAUAAACAACAGAUCGCAGACCUUCAAGAUCAGCACUCGCUUGCCCAUGAGGACUUGGCUGUGGCAUCUGAGAAGCGAGCAUCGCAGCUCACGACUGAAGUAGAGCAGCUUACCCACGAUCUUAAGCAGCAAAAGAUACUUACCGAGGCCCUUGAAGAACAACUUGAGGCGGCCAUCUCGACUCAAAAGGAACACCUUGCCACCGUCAAAGAAUUAGAAGAAACCUUACAAAUCCAACAAGUCGACAGCAAGGCUGAGCUAGAAAACAAAGAAGCCGAGCUCGCUUCGCAAAGGGAUAACCUCGAGAAACAGUUGUCCGAACUCCAGGAAUCGCUCGAGCAGAAAUCGGCCCUCAACAUGCAGCUCCAAGACAGUGUCAGUGUUUUGACGGCCCGGAUUCAAGAAGAACAAGAUGCCCACCGAAAAAUUCAAGAAGAUAGUAAAGCGAAACUGUCAGAAGCGCUCGAACAUCGGGCCGUCGUGGAUGAGAAGCACCAAGUACUUCAAAGCCAAGUCAAAGAACUGCUCGAGAAGACGAAAGCUUUGGAAGCUGAGAAUGGAGGGCUAACAGAUAAGCUCGAGGUAGCCUCAGAAGAGCAACAAGCAAUCAAAGACAACUCCGCCGCCGAUCUCAGUCGCGCCCAGGAAGAAUUGGCCCAGGCGACUAGCGCAAAAGAGUUGAUGAGUCAACAGCUCGAUCAGAUGAAUGAAAACGUCCGACUCCUCACUGAAGAGCUCGAGCAGCUCAGAUCAGAGCAAAGCCUCAGUAAGCAAUCCAGCGAGAAAUACGAAACUCUAUUGAGUGAAUUCAAGGCGCUGGAAGAGCAACUGCCAGCAUUAUCGACUGAACUGGAGAUAGUGCGUUCUGAGCUAGAGUCAGCAAGCGGGAUGGUCGAAGAGAUGACGAGCGAAGUGAAGGAGAAAGACGCGAUGAUCAACCUGUUGAAGGCCGACCUGGCGACCGUCAGCAAAUUGCAUCGCAGCAUCUCCUCCGUCGGCGACUCUGCCGAACAUCGCAUCAAAGAGUUGGAGGAUCGUGUCAACAGUAAGUCUCUUGAAGCUGAAGAGGCUGUCGAUCGGUUGCUCGAUGAAAUGCAGAAAAAUAAACGGUUGUCCAAUUUGGUCGAGACUCUCAAAAUCAAGUUGAAGAGUAAGACCAAACCGAGCACUCUGCCGGCUGAUCCGGCACUAGGACAAGAAUCUAGCGAAGAGCCGACACGCGUAGCGAGCAGCACGUCUGUCCCAGACCCCGAGAGCCAACCCAUCCCGUCCAGCAGCCGGAAGCGCAAACAUGAAUCGGUUGCUCCUGAUGCUGGAGCGUCGCGUUUGCGCAGCCAGUUAGGAGAUGAAGGGAACGACAGUAAGGAGAACCCGGGCGGUGCUAAUGGACGACAAUCGGUUCGGCGGAAGAUCAGCGCGACUAAUGGAGAGGAUGAAGCCGUUGAUGAGGAUGUCAACCAUCAUCAGAAUCAUCAUCAUCAGAGGAAAGAGGAGAUCAAUAACGAGACUCAUGCCGUCCUCCAACCCGUCUCCGUCAACACACAAAACCCCUCCGUCGUCGUUGUUGUUCCGACAUCGAGCACCCACGAAGCCAGCAAGGAAGCCCUCAAACCGGCGCUUAUAAGACCCUCGACGACUACCAAUUCGAACUUGUUGGCGAGCAUCCAAUCUUUGAGACGCAAGCAGCAACAAAAACAACAGUCGGUCUCCCAUCUCAAUAACCAUGGUCGUGGUGGUAGUAGUCUUGCGGGCUCAAAUGAGACCGCUACUGCGGCUGCUAAAGCGUUGCCCGAACCCAGACGUAGUAGCUUGAGACUUAUUCGAAAGGAUCAGGAAAAUCUUUAGCUCUUGUCGGGCUCUUUCUUUUUUACCGAUUUGAUUCCUCUUUUUUUUGGUCUUGGUAUUCCUUUCGUUUCUUCUUCUUCUUCCUUUUUUGAUAAACUUCUUUCGUCUCAGUCCUUCUUCAUCAUCAUAUAUCAUAUUCCUUGGUCAUCAUCUUCUUGUUUCUUUUUUUUUUUUUGAUUCCUUGAGAUCGAUGUCGUACUCACACUGGAAACCAUAAAAUUCAUUUAUCGUACAUAGAUCUUUUUUUUUUUUUUUUUUUUUUGGAACUUGUUUCUUUUUGUUUGGUCUUUCCUUCAAUAGAUGUUCUAAUUAUUUAUCACAAGUGUCUUUUUGUUUCCUUUUACAAUUUAAUCAUAUCAUUAUACACCCUCCCUCCCCCUCCCCUCCCACAUACACAUUAUAUACACCCCCCUCCCAUUUUUUUUCAAUCAGUGUUUCUCUGUGAUUAGUUUUUUUCUUUUCUUUUCCUUAUAUAUAAGUGAAGUUGAUCAGUGGGGAAAAGUGAUUUGUUUUUGUUUUUGUUUUUGUUGUGAUGUGAUGUGUAGACUGAUGAUUGACUUGUUUUCUCUUGUUUUUUCUUCACAUAUUGAGAAAUUGAUAAUAGUAUCUCAUGUUGAUGUAUCCUUG